AUGGAUAUCCCCAACAGUAGUCGUAAUAUUAACAAAAGAGGAAUCAAAAAUGAUGGACAAGUGAGCCGUGGAGCAAAACGACGUUGUUUCAAAAAAGAUCAGCUGAAGGAAGACGUUGGAAAUGAAGACUCUGGCGAAGAAAAGUCAUUUAGGGGAUGGAAGGAAGACGAUGACGCUCCCCUUCCCAAGUAUCUACAUGAUGAUGUGGCUCGAAUUUAUGAAGAUGUUAUGAGUCGAUAUAGAAAAAUGAUUGAUGCUGAAGGCCUUAAACUGUACCACAAAAUGCUACGGGAAGAACCACGGAAGAAAUAUAUAACAGCAAGCAGAGUGAAACCUUUAAAUCUGAAACCAAUGCCAGAACAACCAACAUAUUUCACGUUACGGUCAGCAACUAAUGCAGUUCUACAGAAAUGCUCUUCAAAAUGUAUUGAAGCUGUUAUGAGUACACCACGAAUGCAGUACUGGACACUUACCGAAUGCAACAUUCUGUGUGAGGAUGAACGUACGCUUUCACAUAUUCCUUUCUUGGGCGACCAUGAAGAUGAUGAUAUUGGCUUUGGCGAAGAAUUACUGAAGACUUUCCAGGAAGGUAUACAUGGCACCAAAGUUGGUUGUGGUUCAUUCAUCAACGAUCACAUACUUUAUCAAGUUCUAAAAAAACUAUUCGACAAGUACUCAGAUAUUGCCGAUCAAGUGAUAUAUAGAGCGGUUUAUGAGCAGUUUCCGAACAAAGCUUCAGUUCAACAGCUUCCAUUUCUAUUCGAAGAUCUGAAGCGACGCUUUAGUCCUUCAGAUUUAUUCGCCGAAGACAGCAGUCAGUCAGAAUUCCUGGAUACAAAAGCACUUCAUUCAUUCCAACUUCUCUUGUGUAAUCGUUGUCUCACUUACGAUUGCCUUAUUCAUGGCGUCAACGCGACAGAGACAGAAGUCCGGCGGCGUCGUGGAGUAACAUGCAUUGAACCUUGUGGACCUCAGUGUUUCAGGCAUUUGACGAAAGAAAUGGAAGAAGCAAAGCGCCGUUGUGCCUCUCCGCCGGAUACGAAAACGAUAAAUGCCAUAUUAAAUAUAAAGACAGAGGACAUUAAUUGGACAGCGCAGCAAGAAUCAAUGUUCAUUGCUUUACGGCGAACUUACAAAAAUGAUUUCUGCAAAUUAGCUGAAGUUCUAAAUUUGAUUAUAGAAAAUGCGCCAUCGAAAUCUUGCCGAGAGUUAUAUGCAUAUUCCUUCCGCACAGCGCCAAUAUCACCAAGAGCCGACGUUUCACCAAAUUCACCACCGAAAAAGAAGAAAAAUAUGAAAGAUCAGCAUCGCACAUUUCGUGCUGUUAAAUGGGCGAAAACGGAAGGCAAAGUAGGAAAUACUCACGUUUAUGAGCCGUGUUCCCACAGCGGGCCUUGUUCGGCAGAAAACAAUUGUUCAUGCGUUAGUGUCGAUAAUCUAUGUACAAAAUUUUGUCGUUGUGGUGAACAAUGUAAAUACAGAUUUCCUGGCUGCCGUUGUGCACCAGGUUUAUGUCGAACAAAGCAGUGCCAGUGUUUCUAUGCUAAUUGGGAAUGUGAUCCGGAUGUUUGUAAAUCAUGCAAAUGUGAUGUUUUGGAUGAUCCUAAUGUUGCAACAUGCAAAAAUGUAGCUAUGCAGCGUGGUUUACAGAAGAAAUUAGUUAUUGCUCCUUCACAGGUUGCUGGUUGGGGUUGUUUUGCAGAAGAAGAUAUUGAAAAAAACGAUUUCAUAUCAGAAUAUUGUGGUGAAGUUAUAAGUCAUGAUGAGAGCGAAAGGAGAGGCAAAAUAUACGAUAAAUUGAAGUGCAGUUAUCUUUUUGGUUUAAAUGAUGAAAUGGUAGUAGAUGCCACCAGAAAGGGCAAUGUUAUUCGAUUUGCAAAUCACUCAAAGGAUCCAAAUUGCAUGGCAAAAGUAUUCAUGGUUAAUGGAGAUCAUCGUAUAGGUAUUUUUGCACGAAGGCCAAUUGUAGCUGGCGAGGAGCUCUUUUUUGAUUACUCUUACAACUCUUAUCAACAGGUGAAAUUUGUUUCGAAAGAACGUCCGAAGCCAUGA